AUUUUUUUGUUGACGUUCUCAUUGAUUCGCCAUUUUGGUUUUACGCUCAUGGAUUAGGUGGUAUUGAAAUUAUUAGAACAUCAAAUUUUCAGCAUACCUAGGUGCCAGAAAGCGCUUUUGAAAUUGUUCACUUUCAGGUAAUAUAUAAAUUUUUCUAACAUGCAGAAGCAUGAUCAAUUUUGGCAAUCUACAUCUUAUUAAAAUGAAUCGAUUUCAUCUUGUUUUCGGUUUCCCAACCACCCAUUGGUUAUUGUGUAUUGAACAAUUAUAGAGAAUAUUAGAUAUAUAGCGAAAUGUAGCAUUUGAACAAUAAGAAUAGCAGAGAAAAACUGAAAUCUUGAAAUGUAUUCGAUUCUACGCCUUUAGCCUUGACACUCAGCUAGUUUGUUAUCAAAUAAACGAUGUUUUUAAGACUUAUAGUUUUAUGUGUAUGGAAAAUAAUUUGGAAAUUUGAGAUAUACGAAUUAUACUUUACCAUAAAACAGCUUGAAUUUUUGUUAUUUUGCUAUUUCCCAUCGAUUAUUGUCCAGUAACUAAUCAGAUCUUAUCUUAUCGUUAGAUUGCAUCAUUUAAUUUUUUCAUUAAUGUAUUUAUGUUGAAAUUGUCUUUAUUUUGAUAAUUUUUUUUAACAGGGAAGCACUGAAAUAAUUUUCCCUCAUCGUCAGUGUAUAAUUUCAGUAAGUAUACAUUCUUUUUUUAUAUAUAUAUAUCCGCCGAUUCUUAAAACAAACUUUGGAAUUUGGCUAAAUUCUUUUUAAAAAGGCCUUUCCUCUACAUGUUUUUGAUUCCACGAAAGAUUUUUUUUUGUAAAAAAAAUCAAUGAAGCCAGGCUCAAUUUUAGUUUAUAUCAAUAUGAAUCUAGCCUAUUACCUAUAUCACUUUUUUGGUGAUGAUUAGAAUUGAUAAAGAAACAAUGACCUGGUUUUCAGAUUCCUUCUUUCAAUUUACUUAAUCUAAAUAUAUGUUAUUAUUAUUAUGUCUACCAUUCUCAUUCUUUAUGUCACCUUGAGAAUGUUUAAACAGACAAAAAUAAUCGAGUAAAGCGUGAUUAUUUUUCCUAUAUAAAUGGGACUAUUGACUGAUUUGUUCAAACAGAUCGGGCUCACUAUGAACGAUGGUGCUUUGAACGGAUGCGAAAAAUCAGAUACCAACAUGUCGCAAACAGGAAAUGGUUUGGACGACAAGAGUUACGAUCCCUUACUAACCGAAUUAUCUGGAGAAGUAAUUCGUGAGCGAGAUAAAUGCUCAAAUGGAACUAUUGUUCUAACUUCAUUUCGCCUAUUGGUUCAGCGAAAAAAUCUAUCUGAUAUCAAUGUUCCUGUAAUGACAAUUGAUAGUGUUGAAUGUAGAGAUUUGUUUACGUUAACUUUGCUCUGUAAAAACGCUGGAGUUAUCAGAAUAUCGUUCGAUACGAACGAAAUUUGUACGCGAUGGCAAAAUUUCAUUUCGGAUGCUAUAAAACCUCCUACAAACACAAGAGAUUUGUUUGCAUUUAAAUUUAAAGAAGCAGAAGAUAGUUCUCUGGCAAACGCGUCAAACGGUUCAGACGAAUCGAAAGGCACACAAGCCGAGGAGCUAGACUCUGAACUAGAAUUAUACUACGCUGAUACAGAACGUUUUAAACACGAAGCCAAACGUCUUGGUUUCAUUGGCGAUGAAAAUACCGAUUCACCAUGGGCGAUAACCGAUUGCAAUAAUGAAUUUCGAAUUUGUGAAAGUUACCCGCCACAGCACAUAAUACCAAAGGAAAUAACCGAUGAACAACUCAAGACCGUGGCUAACUUUCGUUCGUCAAACCGUUUUCCCAGCGUUGUCUGGAGGAAUAAGAAGAACGGUGCAGUGAUCUUAAGAUCGAGUCAACCUCAAGUUGGCCUUUUAGGUUGGAGAUGUGAAGAAGAUGAGAAUCUGCUUUCGGCUGUGUGUAGAGCGUGCGCACAGUAUAAUUUCGACGAUGAAAAUGAGGAUGAAUGUUCAAAGAGACGACAACCCAAUAAAGAUACCAAUGGUAACAUGCAGAAGAUGCUUAUUCUUGAUCUGCGAUCGUAUGCUUCUGCGAUUGCGAAUAGAGCAAAGGGUGGAGGAAGCGAAUACACGGAGUAUUAUAAUUGCGAAAUCCAAUACUUGAAUCUAGUAAAUAUCCAUGAAAUAAGGAAGAGUUUUUGCGCCUUGCGUCAAAAUUGCUGCGCUUCCUCUCCGGAUAAUACUCUCUGGUGGAGUGGCGUCGAAAAUUCAAAAUGGCUUCAUUACAUUUCAGCUCUAUUAAGGAGCGCUAUUAUCUGUGUGGAUGCUGUAAAAGACGGUCGACCAGUGUUAGUACACUGUUCAGAUGGUUGGGAUAGAACACCACAAGUAACUGCUCUCGCAGAAUUAAUGAUGGAUUCCCAUUAUCGUACCAUUGAUGGUUUUCGUUAUUUAGUUGAACGAGAGUGGUUAGAUUUUGGUCAUAAAUUUGGUGAUAGAUGCGGUCACGGCAGUAAUGCUAUUAACGGUAAUGAAAGAUCACCAGCUUUUCUACAGUGGCUAGAUUGUGUCUUUCAAAUGGUUAACCAGUUCCCAAUUGCUUUUGAAUUCAACCAGUCAUUUCUUUGUAAACUUGUUCAACAUACCUAUUCCACCCUAUUUGGAACGUUUUUAUGUAAUAGUGUCAAUGAGAGACGAUGCGAGAAUAUAGGCCAGUUUACAGAAUCGAUAUGGCGUAAAUUGUUGAACAGUACCAAUUAUAAAGUGAGAAACUUUUUGUAUAGUCGAACUGAUAAAAUUCUCAAGCCUUCCUAUCAUAUGAGACGUUUGGAGGUUUGGAAAAGUGUUUAUCUAGCAUAUCAAGACGACGAAGUAACCAAUGAUCAUAUACAAGAUACAGUGGCUACUACCACUGUAAACAUAGCAUCUGAAAGAGAGGCUCCGGUGAAGAUAUUAAGAACUAGAUCAGUAGACGACCUCAUUGUUGCUGAAAGUGACCAUAUACAGUGUUCAAAUAAUUUGUUGGAUGAAAGGAGUAGACGGCUCAGUGAUCCCAACUUGCAUGAAGCUAUAACUAAACCAACUGUUCAUUUCGACAUUCUUACUAAUUCGACCAGCAGUAAUAAUAGUGCUCCGGUCGUAAAUGUAGUUGAAGAUACGAAAAUACUGCAGAAUUCUACAGACACGAUUAAAGAAGAGAACGGUCAUCACUUGAAAGAAAGGACAGUUAGCACAUCAACAACUGAUUUGGCAAGAACGGAUAUUGUCAAUGCCAUUAACUCGUUUAAAAGUUUAAAAACUUUGCAGUCCAGUUGCCCUCCAACGCCAGGAGCGGAUUCGAAGUCGCUUUCUUCGACUUCUUCCGCUUCCUCCACUGGAUUCGACUGGGAUGGCCUGUCAACAUAUAUGGAUCCAGCCACUAGGAGAUUAGUAAAUCUCUGCCUCGAGCAGAAACGUCAAGUGGAAGCCUUCAAACAACAAGUCAGCGGGCUUACGGAACAACUUGUAGUAAAAACGUUAGAAAUUCAGCGUAUAGAAUCAAUGGUAACGGCGGGUGAAGACAGCUCUUCUAUUCUUAUGGCUGAACCGAAUCAGGUAAUAAAAUUUUAUUUUAGCUUUGGUUGA